UUGUUAUAGUCCAACAGUAGCAGAGCUCCGAAUGAUGUCUGUGCUGAAGCCAUUAGUGUCGUUAUACCGCUGAAGAAGCUCUAGAGCUGAUUUUUUCAGAUGUCCAGCAAGACAACUCUGAUUCAGAAGAGGAAGCGGAGGAUGUAUCAGAAGAAGAAGAUGGGGAGGAAUACAACCCAGAGCAUGAUGAAUCAUCUUCAGACAAAGAAGAAAACCCUGAAGCUGAAAGAGAGACUAUCCUUUCAAAAAAUGGCAAAAUAACCUGGUCCUCAGCAGCAUAUGACCAUCAAGGCAGGCAUGCCAGAACAAAACAUCAUAAAGAUGACCCCAAGACCCACAAGGUAUGCCGUUUCUCAUGCCCAUGACAUUGUCUCUACAUUCUACCUGUUUAUCACACCAGCAAUUGAAAGAAUAAUCCUGGAGAUGACAAAUUUGGAGGGUUUUCACAAAUAUGGAGACAGCUGGAAAAAGAUGGAUGAGACUGACCUGCAGGCCUACUUAGGGCUGCUAAUCUUAGCCGGUGUAUACAGGUCCCGAGGUGAGGCUGCAACCAGUCUAUGGGAUGCAGAGAGUGGAAGGCCAAUUUUCCGAGCCACAAUGCCACUCAAACUCUUUCACACCUACUCAAGACUGAUACCAUUUGAUGACCGUGAGUCAAAACCAGCAAGACGUGUGACAGACAAACUUGCAGCCAUAAGAGAGGUCUGGGACAAUGUAGUUCUUCUGAGCACACUGCACACAGAUGGUGACGUUAGCGAUGGUGAGUACAGGAAGUCAGUCAUCAUCCUAGACUACAACCACAACAAGGGAGGUGUGGACAACCUAGAUAAGAGAGAGAUCAACCCGACAUGGAUGUCUCGUAAGCAGAACAAGAGGAGGGUGUUCCUGGAGCAGCUGGGAAAGGCACUUGUAAUUCCACUCAUUGAAAGAAGGAAGCAAGUCCCCCGCACAGAAGCCUCAGCAGCAGUUGUGAAAGCUAUUCAGAGUGCAUGGAGCUCCUGAUCAACCUGAGGAUGCAGCUACCACCGCCACAUCCCCAGCUAGGGCAAGUAAGAGGAAGAAUGUCAGUUCUGCCCUCAAAAGAAGGACUGUAAAACACAUACUGUGUGCUGCAGGUGUAAGAAAUAUAUCUGCAAAGGCUGCACACUUGCAUACUGCCCUACAUGUGCCAAUUAGGGUUAGUUAAUUAGUUAAUUAGUUGAA